UCCCAUUAUGCAGUCCUAUAUAUAUAUAUAUAAAUUAUCUUACUACUUACAGCAAAUAGCAAGAAGCUUCACUUAACUCCAACAAUUAAACCCCAAAGCACUUCAAAUUGGGCAACACAUGAUGAGGAAGAACACCUGUACUGGUCUUGUUCUCUCAUUUACUUUUCUUGCUUCUUGGAGCAUGCCGUUGACAGAAAGUGUGAUGGCACAAAACACAAAAGUAUCAGUAGAUGUGGGUGUGAUUCUUGAUUAUGAUCGUUGGGUUGGAAGAAUUGGGUUAAGCUGCAUCAACAUGUCCCUCUCAGACUUCUACGCAACCCAUUCUCACUUCAAAACUAGGCUCCUCCUCCACACUAGGGACUCCAAAGAAGACGUUGUUGGUGCAGCCGCCGCAGCUCUUGACUUGAUAAAAAAUGUUGAAGUAGAAGCAAUCAUAGGGCCAUCAACAUCAAUGCAGGCCAAUUUUGUGAUUGAUCUUGGACAGAAAGCACAAGUACCCAUCAUCUCAUUUUCUGCAUCAAGUCCUUCUCUUGCUGCCAUCAGGAGUCCAUACUUCUUUCGCGCUACACGGAGCGAUUCAUGUCAAGUCAAUGCCAUAGGCGCAAUCGUUCAAGCUUUUGGAUGGAAAGCAGCAGUGCCCAUCUAUGUUGAUAACGAUUAUGGAGUUGGAGUCAUACCUUAUUUAACAGAUACCUUGCAAGAGGUAGAUGCUCGUGUUCCUUACCGGAGCGCCAUUUCUCCGUUUGCCACAGAUGAUCAAAUUAUUGAAGAGCUCUAUAAGUUAAAGGCAAUGCAAACUCGAGUUUUCAUUUUGCAUAUGUUACCUGCUAUUGGCAUUAGGCUUAUUACUAUAGCUAAAGAGAUUGGAAUGAUGAGUACAGGCUAUGUUUGGAUCAUGACAGAUGGGAUGACAGAUUUCUUGGAUUCGCUGGACAAUUUAGAUAUCGAACUAAUGCAAGGAGUAUUGGGUGUUAAACCUUAUGUUCCAAGAACUAAAAAGAUAGAGAGAUUUCGGACUCAAUGGAAAAAGAAAUUCCAUCAUGAUCAUCCUGAUAUAAUUGAUUCUGAGCUGAACGUUUAUGGACUAUGGGCAUAUGAUGUUACUGCUGCAUUAGCAAUGGCAAUUGAAAAAGUAGCUGCAAAUACAACAAAUUUCGGCUUCCGUAAGGCAAAUGUUUCUGGCAACGGUUCAACUGAUCUUGAAACUUUUGGAGUAUCGCGAAUUGGUCCAGACCUUCAAAGAGCUUUAUCAAAGACCCAGUUCGAAGGCAUUACAGGAGAUUUUCAUCUUAUUGAUGGGCAGUUGCAGUCAUCAGUAAUCCAAAUAGUUAAUGUGAAUGGUGAUGGAGUAAGAAGGGUAGGAUUUUGGCUACCUGGAAAAGGGCUUGUUAAAAGAAUGAAGUCAUCAACAGAAAAGGGUAGUAAUCCUCCCUCUAAUACCAGUCUUUCAACCGUUAUAUGGCCAGGGGAUACAGCUUCAGUCCCUAAAGGUUGGGAGAUUCCAAGAAAUGGAAAGAAAUUGCGAAUCGGAGUGCCAGUGAAGGAAGGCUUCACGCAGUUUGUGAAUGUGACAAGAAAUCCUGCUACAAACACAUCGAGAGUUGAGGGAUACUGCAUUGAUCUUUUUGAUGCUGUAGUGUCAGAAUUGCCAUAUGCUGUCACUUAUGAGUACAUCCCUUUUGCCGAUUCUGAGGGCAAGAGUGCCGGACCUUACAACAGUUUGAUCGAUCAAGUCUACCUUGGUAACUAUGAUGCUGCUGUGGGAGAUAUAUCAAUUGUGGCUAACAGAUCCUCAUAUAUAGACUUUACUCUACCUUACAUGGAAUCAGGGCGAAUGACAAUGAUAGUGCCAAUUACAGAUGAUUAUAGCAGAAAAGCUUGGGUUUUCUUGAAGCCAUUGACAUGGGACCUUUGGGUGGCCACCUUGUGUUUAUUUUUCUUCAUCGCUUUUGUGGUAUGGGUUCUUGAACACAGAAUCAAUGAAGAUUUUCGCGGACCACCUUCUCAACAAGUUAGCACUAGCUUCUGGUUUUCCGUCUCGACCAUGGUCUUUGCUCAUGGGGAGAGAGUGGUGAGCAACUCAGCAAGAGUGGUGGUAAUCAUAUGGUGUUUUGUUGGACUAAUACUCACUCAAAGCUACACUGCAAGUUUAUCAAGCUUUCUAACAAUUCAACAGCUCCAACCUAGUGUUACCACCUUAGAUGAGCUCAUCAGAAAGGGAGAAAAUGUAGGCUAUCAACAGGGUGCUUUUGUGCCGACAACAUUGAAAAGCUUGGGUUUUGAUGAUUCCAAGCUUGUUCCAUAUAAAUCUGCUGAAGAAUGUGAUCAACUUCUUUCUAAAGGAAUAAAAAAUGGAGGGAUAGCUGCUGCUUUUGAAGAACCAACUUCUAUACAUCUCAUUCUUGCACAGAAUUGCUCCAAGUAUACUUUGGUUGAACCCACUUCAAUGUUGAAAACUACGCGAUGGAAAAGCACAUCCAACAUUGAAAAAUUUAACACCGACGGUCUUGGCUUUGUCUUUCCUAAAGGUUCUCCUCUAGCACCAGAUAUAUCCAGGGCUAUUUUAAAAGUGACACAAGGAGAAAAAAUCAGGGAAAUAGAGGGAAGAUGGUUUGGCACAAAGGCUACUUGUCCAGAUCGUAGCAGCUCAGCUCCUUUAAAUAGGCUUGGUCUUAAUAGUUUCUGGGGACUGUUCUUGAUUGCUGGAAUAGUUUCAUUUUUUGCUCUAAUUAUAUACAUUGCUACGUUUAUAUACCAAAACAAGGAAGUCUGGAUGCCUUCUGAUUCUGGAGUUGUUCCAACAUGGAGAAGAAGAUUUCUUGAUUUGCUUAACCUUUUCAAAGACGCAGUAAAUGAUGAAAGUGGCAUUACUCUUCCUGUUAUUGGUGAACCAAGUCCAUCUACCUAUUCAAUUCAGACAGAUUUAAUUACAGAGCAACGGGCACCUUUUUCUUCUUCUUCUUCUUCUUCUUCUUCUUCUUCUUCUUCUGCAGAAGAGGAUAUUGGUCCCAAUCUUUCAAAUGUACUAGCAUCUACACAUGAUGCUAUGCUCAUUAUUGAGCUUACUGACCCUAAUCAAGAAAGAUACUUGCCAUUUGACAGCUGCAAUAACACGUGAAGAUUACUAAUAAUUAGUAGAAAACUAGUUCAACUUUUACUCCAGAAUUGUAUUGUUGAAAUGGGAUAAUUUUGUGCAAGAUGUUGAUGUAUUAUCAUCGGUUGUUUAAAGAGGAUUACUCAUUAUUAAAUAAUAUCAUUUGAGGCUCUGCCAAUUGUAUUUUUAAUA